UGGCCUGGACCCCCGGGCCCCUGGCUCUCUGGAUCCCCGCAGGGAGGCCAGAGACCCAGAGCCUUGGACCUUGGGGAGAACUGCAACUCCCAGGAGAAGCCAGGGCAGAGGCCUGGGCUGUGCAAGGGCCGGCUGCCCCGGGGCCUGCUGGGAGUUGUGGUCUCCCCGGCCGCUCCAGCCAAGACGGUGGCUGUAGCGCCAUGGCUGGCGUGGGCUUCGAGGAGUUCUCGGCGCCGCCGGGCUCGGAGCUGGCGCUGCCUCCGCUCUUCGGCGGGCACAUCCUCGAGUCCGAGCUGGAAACGGAAGUGGAAUUCGUCGGGGGAGCCCUGGGUGGGCCCGGGCUGCGCGAGCGGGAGGAGGAGGAGGAGGCGGCCCGGGGCCGACGGCGUCGCCAGCGAGAGCUGAGCCGCCGCAAGUACCAGGCGCUGGGCCGGCGCUGCCGGGAGAUCGAGCAGGUGAAUGAGCGGGUCUUGAAUAGACUUCACCAGGUGCAGAGAAUCACAAGGAGGCUCAGGCAAGAGCGAAGGUUUCUUAUGCGAGUCCUGGAUUCCUACGGAGAUGACUACCGGAAGAGCCAGUUCACUAUUGUCCUGGAGGAUGAGGGUAGCCAAGGCCCUGAUGCCCCCACCCCAGGAAAUGCAGAGAAUGAGCCACCAGAAAAGGAAAGCCUGUCACCUCCCCCUCGGAGGCCCCCUGAGCCCAGCAGUCCCCCACCUGGGGAAGGCCCCAGUGGAAGAAAGAGACGGAGGGCCCCCCGGGAUGGACGCCGAGGUGGGGUGUUGCUAACCCCAGAGCUAGGCCCGGGCCAGAUCAAAGUGGAGGAUGACUUUGGCUUCGAGGCAGAUGAGGCCCUCACCACGGGAUGGGUGGCCCGAGGCCCAGGCAAACUGCUUUCCUACCCCAGUUUGGCCAGCCCUCCCUUUGACAUUACCCCCCAAUAAAGCUUUGCCUCCCUCGAAGCCCUGGUGGAGACUCGCA